GUCCAUUCAGAAGACAAAGGAAGGGAGGGUCCUUAUUGCCAUUGCCACAACCAACCGUCAUCUCUUUUAUCUUUCUUUAUUGUUCUUUUUAUUUGUACUUUUUUGUUUUUUGUUUUCUUCUAUACAUCUUUUUUCCUUGUAAAUAAUCGUCGACCUUCACACAAACACACACUUCGCCUCAUAUGUGGACUGGUAAUUCCUUAGAGAUCGUCCUGGAUAAUCCCGAGGUCCUUGUGCGCGGGUCCUUCGACGAAGCAUCGCCGGUGAUUAUCAGUGGCAAACUCGUAGUCCACCUGCAUGAGACCAUCCGCGUGCGGUCGCUCAAACUCAGUUUUUCCGGGCGCAUCGACAUAUUCGCCAGCCAAAACUCUGGCGGCAACAGCAGCAAAGACGAGCACCGCGAAAUCACAGCGCAAGAGUGGGUUUUUCUCGAGCCUCAGAAGCCAGCGGUAACAUGGGGGCCGGAAAGCAAAGUGUUUGCCUUCGACAUGCUCUUUCCGGGAGACAACCCCGAGACGGUUGUAACUGCGCUGGGGAAAGUCAAAUACCAACUGCACGCAACGCUAGAGCGCACCGGGUUUCAUGCCAAUCUGAAUACCAACUUGGACGUGGCAGUGAAGCGUGGGCCGAUGCCUGGGGCGCCCUGGGCGCUGGCACUGAUGGAGAGCAUUGAGACGUCGGGUAACUGGGAACGCCAGCUGGAGUACCGCGUCUCGGUGCCGACGCGGUCACUAAAGGAUGGCGAGCUCUUCCACACGCGCUUUGAACUGGAGCCGCGCACCAAGGGGUUGAAGCUGAUGGCCGUCGGCGUGCUGAUCAAGGAGUAUGCGCGCUACUAUAGCGCCCUGGGUGAGCCACUGGCCCGCAAUUCGCGCGUAAUCACACGUAAUGAAAACUAUAUUGGGCCCGAAGGCUCUUGCAGCACACAACCGAUGAGGGCCGAUGCCUGUAUGGAUUUGCUGGACGCCACUAGCGUGCAGAUCCCGAUGGUCGUGCCCGACGCAUACGAUGGGAUCCAGUAUGACGUGCUGACAGAUCUUAUUGAGGUACGCCACCGCAUCAAGUUCCUCAUUAAGAUCCGCGACGCGUCCAUGUUGGUGCACAAUAUCUUCAUUGCUGUGCCCGUGUCGAUCAUGCCGGUUACCGCGCGCGACGAUUCGAAUAUUCUGCCCAGGUACGAGACUGCGUUGCUUAACCCGGGCACCGUUAUAAUGCGGUCGAGUACACUGCCGCCGGCAUACGACCUUUCAGCAGCAGCAGCAGCAGAGCAGUUGUGCCCGGCAAUUGGACAGGGUACCGAUAUUGAUGGCUUCCCGGGCCCAUUACACCGUAGUGAGUCACAGUUCUACCUGGCAUCGCCAGACAUUUCGCCGCCAAUGAGCCCGGCCGGAAACACCCGCGCUGCCGAGCCCAUCUCAGACAUCCCAACAACCACCGCGAUGGCGCCCUCCCCUGCGCAACACUCCACAGACACUGCUUUGCUCACGCAUAGCGGCGAUACUCUGACGGAAAGAAGCCGGCGGUCGAGCAUUUCGUCCAAACACAGCUCUUUUCUCCCAGAGUACCUGACCAAUGGCAAGAUCUCGGACAAAGUGCGUGCAAUAUUCCACAGCCGGCAUAACAGUCAGACUGAUGAGCAUGGUUCCACAGGGUCGAUCAUCAGAUCAGUGACGCCACCGCUCCCCGUGCAUGUAAAUGCGCUAUCUGACCUGCACAUGAGGCAUAGUGCGACGCCGCAGCCGCUGCAGAAAUCGCUUUCUGCUGCAUCGGUGUCGGCGGGAAGGUAUAGGCAGCCGGUUAAUUUUGGCUUUUUGGGCGCUAUUUCGCUGCAGUUUGGUGCACAAGGACAGCCGCAGCCUGAGGAAUUGGAGUGUGGCGCCGUGGGGGAUGAGCCGGGGGCUGAUGUGAGUGAUGGUUCAGCGAAGAAACCAUCUUGUAAUGCAAAUACAGCUGCUCCUACGCCGCCGCCAAUGGUGUACCAAUAAGAUUAUAUAUAUCUUUUCAUUUAACACAAUU